UCUGAAUUCAUUGCCGACAAAGUCCUACUUUCGCCGAGUAUAAAAGUACGCUACCUCUUCAAUCUUUCUAUUGACCAUCCCAUACUAUGUCGCUUCACACGGCCUCCACACAACGAAUUCUCUCUAGCUUCGUCCACCAACAUCUACACGCUGGCCCUGGCCGACUAGCGAUUACCCGGGUACCACCGCAGAGUCGCGCUCAAGUCGGUCAUUCGUUCUCUUCGCGGGUGUCUAGGAGACCUACACCGCUGGGCAAUCGCUCAACUUCACGACCGUUCUCGUCCACGCCCCGCGCGUCGAACUCGACCAACCCAAACACGUCCUUCCCCGAUCCCGAACGCUCCGACCUCUUCUACCACCUCUUUGAGGCACCCAAUGACGUCUCGCGUACAUCUCCUGUGUUUGCACUGUCAUUUCUGCCAACCCCGCCGCCGUCUGUGCAAUCUUGCACAGUGAUCGGGUGGCUACCCGCGAGCACGCCGGGAGGGAAGGAGGAGGAUGCGGGGCUGAAUGAUUUCGUCGAGAAUCCGUUGUUCCGGGAUGUAUUGCACGGGGCAGUCCAGGGCGCGCUCCGGGAUGGUGUAGACGACGUCCAGAAGAAUGGAGCCAUCCAGACCCAAGUUGGCUGGAUGCACGUCCAUGACCAGCGCAAUGUUCCUGCUCUCGGGCGCAUAGGCGAUGUCGACGACAUUCUUGCAUCUGUGCGUGUUGAAGAUGGCGAGAUCCUGCCAAGCACGUAUCAACCAAUGCCGUCCUACCGGCUCUGCACCGGUGACGGCUUAACGCAGCUCACUGAGGGGCUUGCGGCACGUCUCAAGGAAAUACUCGAGGACAGGGCUGCGAAAGGACAAUGAUCUUAAUCCACACGCUGCAACAUUCAAGCUUGAGACGGAUCAGCGACCUA